CUUUGUGAGUCCAGGAAAAAACAAACCAGCUCAGGAGUCUCUGGGCUCAGAAUGGAACCUCUGCCAUCCUCUCCGGUCUCUGCAAACAAGGAGAGCUUGUUGAGGGAGAAGGAAUUACCUCAGAAUUGGCUUCAGGUAUCUCUCUUCUCCCCUGUGCAUUGGUUCCGAAUGCUCGCAAAGGAGAUGCACUGGAGCUUCGUGUAUGGCAUUGUCGCCGUGAACGGGAUCAGCCAAGGCCUGGGUGGCGCCGUCUUCCGGGUGGCCUCGGACUACUACUGGAAGGAUGUUCAGCAGGCGCAGCCCUCGGCAGCCCAGGUGUACCAGGGGAUCACUUCACUUCCAUGGAUUGUGAAGCCUCUGUGGGGGCUUCUCACUGAUAUCCUCCCUGUGGCUGGCUAUAGGAGAAGGCCUUACUUUAUUUUAGCAGGCAAGCUAUAG